CACAGCUGCCAGCAGCCCCAGGCUGGGUCACAAAACGACACUCAGCCUCGGCCGGACCCACCUUCUCAAGGCCAUGGAGUCGGAGCAGGCCACUGUCCCCAAGGCUCCCAGGCUCCCAGCGGCUGCUGCCGACGUGGCCGAGACCCCUGCCGACCCAGAGGAUGCAGAGCUUGAGCGGAGGAUCCUGCAGGUGCUGAGGGAUGCCGGCUCCCCCGUGAGGACUGCCCAGCUGGUUAUCAAAUGCCAGGUGCCCAAGAAGAAACUCAACCAAGUCCUCCACCAGAUGAAGAAGGAGUCCAGGGGAGGGCUCACCCUCGUGGGCCCUGCGACGUGGUGCCUGGGCGAUGCUGGGACCGACGGGACCAGAGAAGUGGUGCUGGCAGAGCAGGCAGAGAGACCCCGGCAAGAGGCAGUUGCGAUUCCAAGGACGCCUGGCCCAAGGAUGCCUGGCCCUGAGCUCAGCGAGCGGCAGACGGAGAUCUACGGGCUUCUGAAAGCCCAGGGGCCCCACAAGGCCCUGCACAUCGCCCAGGCCCUGGGGCUGAAGACGGCGAAGGAAGUCAACCGCGACCUGUACGCCAUGAGGAAGCACCUCCUGACCCUGGACCAGAAGUCGAACGCCUGGGGGGUUUACCAGCCAGAAGAUUCUAGAAAUCAGUCCACCCCGGUUAUUUACCAGCAAAAUCCAAUCAACAUGAUCUGUCAGAAGGGACUGAACAACUGCAUUUCCAUUGAGAACUCUGAAAACAUCCAGAUUGGACAUGGCAAUGUCAUCAUGAGACACGAGUCCUCUGGGGAAAGCGGCUCCAUGGCUGCCUUCUACCUCCCUCCGACGGUACCUGCCGACUCCUCAGCCCAGGGUCCCCUGGCUGGAUCCUGGGGGCCCCAGGACAUCUGCAUGGAGAAGUCUGUGCUCAGACGGGUACAGAUGGGCCAUGGCAACGAGAUGAGACUUCACAGCUUCCCGGCUGAGGGCCCUGCCCAUAGCGCUUGUGGCAGCCCCCCAGGCUCUGUCUCAGCUACGAGUCCAGAGGCUUCCAUUGAUAUUCAAAUCCCCGAGCCAGGACCUCACGCAGAAGGGGUCAUGGCCCAGAAGGUCCGAAUUCGCUCGUGCUUCCUGGAGGACACGACCGUGGGCAACAGCAACAGGAUGAGCGUCAGCCCGGGGACGGCUGGUCCCGGGGGAGUCUCGGGGCCUGAGGAGGGCAGGGCGGACCCCGGGGAGCCAGGAGAGGACCCAGACUCUCUCUCUGGAGCUGCUGGACGCAGCAGCCAAGUCCCUCCCGAAGGCGGUCAGGCUGCCCCCAGCGACGCUGAGAUGCUCACCUCCCAGCUGGAAGCUCUGACUCUCAGAAGCAGGGGUCCCAGAACCACAGAAGAUGGCCACUGAGGGGACAGAACAGCCGA